UCCAUAAGUUUUUGGGUGGGCGGAGGCUAGAGCUGUCAAACCAUGUCCCUUCCAAACCGCACCCUUUGUCAACUUCAACUACUUUGUCCUCCAAUGUUGUGUCAGAAAGAAAAAAUAUACUUCUCGAUUAACUAAAGUUACUUACACAUGACUUGCUUGACGGAUAAAAUGACCGAAAGUGGAGAGAACGAUCUUUUUGAAAUGGACUCGAUGUCCGUUACGGAAUAUUUGCAGGAUGAUACGGAGAUACAGAUUGGGAUAGUAGAGGAAGUCGUCUAUUUUCAGGAGUUUUUGCCAACAUAUGAGACCAUACCUGAAGGAACAUUAGUUCCCAAAGCAGAAAAGGCUGAGUUCAAUGACCAACCUGACUCAUUGUUCUUCAACGAUGGGGUGAGGCGGGUCGAUUUUGUCUUGGUCUAUGAGGAUGAGGACAAGAAAGAUAUUGACAAAAGUCACAUCUUUCAUCAACGAAAACGGAGGCGAGAGUACUUUGAAGCCAGCUUGAUGAAGAUGAAGAUGGAAUUGGAAGCUACCAGAUCUGUGGUUGAUGAAAAACUAAUAUUUGUCAAGGUCCACAUGCCAUGGGACUUAUUGUGCACCUACGCUGAGGUUCUCCACAUCAAGAUGCCCAUCCAGCCUAACGAUCUCUCGUCCCAGUCUUCACCUUUUAGCUUCCUCUCCUGCCUAACCAAAUUCUUCUACCCCAGCGAGGAGGUGCUUUCCAAAGAGACAGAGUAUUUUACUGCCCCCUUCGAGAAAGAUCGUCUUGAGUACUUCUGUGUGAAGGACCAGGACCUCUUUUUCCCACCAUCCAUGAGGAGUAGGAUGGCAUAUUAUAUCCUUAGCCGAGCCCCUUAUGAGGUGCGAGGGAACCUGAAGAAGUUUGGCAUCAGUAAGUUGCUGGAUAGCGGAGUGUAUAAGGCUGCCUAUCCUCUCCAUGAUUGCAGAUUCAAUGUCCCGUCAAAGGAGGAUGUCUGCCCUAAUGAGAGAUACUUGCUUUAUGAGGAAUGGGCUCACCCUAAAAGCUUCUACAAGAUGCAGCCUCUUGAUCUCAUUAGAAAAUAUUAUGGUGAGAAGAUUGGCAUUUAUUUUGCGUGGUUGGGUUUCUAUACUGUGAUGCUUGCCCUCGCAGCCAUCGUGGGACUAGGCUGUUUCAUUUAUGGGUAUAAAACUCAAGAAACAAGCACUUGGAGCAUGGAGGUGUGUGAUCCCAUGAUUGGAGGAAAUAUUGUAAUGUGUCCCCAGUGUGACAAGGAGUGCACAUACUGGAGAUUAAACAGCACUUGUGAUUCUUCUAAAAAACUUUGCAUAUUUGAUAACUUUGGGACAUUGGUGUUUGCGGUCUUUAUGGCCAUUUGGGUGACAUUGUUUCUUGAGCUCUGGAAACGUUAUCAGGCGGAACUGGAGUAUGAAUGGGACACUGUGGAGUUCCUUGAGCAAGAGGAGCAACCUCGUCCAGAGUUUGAGGCCAAGUGUACCCAUGAAAGAAUAAAUCCUGUCACACAGGUGAAGGAGAAAGUUCCUUUUACAGCCUGUGGAAGAUGUGUUCGAGUGUCAAUAGGAAUCGGGACUGUUAUGUUCUGGAUCCUGCUGAUCCUGGCGUCAGUAGUGGCAAUCAUAGUCUAUCGCCUGGCUGUGUUCUUCUCAUUUUCUGCAAGACUCAGGGCAGACCUGAAGGAGCUUGAACCGUUCAAGGAGUAUGUGACUCCACAAAUGGCCACCUCUGUCACAGCCUCCAUCAUCAGCUUUGUUGUAAUCAUGAUACUCAACAUUGUCUAUGAAAGAGUGGCCAUCUGGAUCACAGACUUUGAGCUACCAAGAACCAAGACAGAGUAUGAGAACAGUCUUACUCUGAAGAUGUUCCUUUUCCAAUUUGUAAACUAUUAUUCAUCUUGCUUCUACAUUGCCUUUGCCAAGGGAAAAGUGGUUGGCUAUCCUGGUCAGCCAGUCUAUUUGUUGGGAAAAUACAGGAAUGAGGAGUGUGACCCAGGCGGAUGCUUGAUUGAGUUAACAACCCAGUUGACCGUCAUCAUGGGUGGCAAAGCUAUCUGGAAUAACAUACAGGAGGUACUAAUGCCGUGGGUCAAGAAUUUGAUUUUCCGUUACUGCACUCGUGUGGGCUCAGAAAAAAUUAUUCCUCGCUGGGAACAGGAUUACCAGCUUCAGCCCCUUGGAAAGCUGGGACUCUUUUAUGAAUACUUGGAAAUGGUAAUCCAGUUUGGCUUUGUGACACUGUUUGUGGCAUCCUUCCCACUGGCCCCAGUACUGGCACUGGUCAACAACCUGUUUGAGAUCCGAGUUGACGCCUGGAAGAUUACCACCCAGUUCCGCCGCAUAGUGCCAGAGAAGGCCCAGGACAUUGGGGCCUGGCAGCCUAUUCUUCAGGGAAUUGCAAUUUUGGCUGUGGCAACAAACGCAAUGAUUAUUGCCUUUACAUCUGACAUGAUUCCUCGGUUGGUGUACUAUUGGUCUUUCUCUGUGUACCCAUAUGGUGACCAAUCCAAUCAUACUAUGGAGGGCUACAUCAACAACACGCUUUCCGUGUUUGACAUCAAGGACUUCUCCAUUGACAGUAGACCACGUAACACACCAUACUGGCUUAACAACAUCACCACUUGCAGGUACAGAGAUUUCAGAUAUCCACCUGGACAUCACAGAGAAUAUCAAUACAGCAUUUACUACUGGCAUGUGGUAGCUGCAAAAAUGGCUUUUAUAAUCGUUGUAGAGCACAUUGUGUACCUCACCAAGUUCAUACUGGCCUAUGUAAUCCCGGAUGUACCUUACGCUGUAAAAGAACAGAUCAAACGAGAGAAGUACUUGACCCAGGUCAUCCUUCAUGAGGCUAACCUCAAAUUGGUAACCAAGCGCUUGAGGCCAGUUACUGACAAGGUCCUUGAAUACACUGUGGACACAGAGGUGGAUUUACACUGAUGACUUGCCUUUCUCAUUCAAGAUGCAAUGAUAUAGUGCUUACUUGAUGCCAACAACUCUGAUGUUAGAAACUUAUCAUGUAAUUGAUUGUUUCAGUUACACUGUUAAAUCUCUUGUAUGUAAUUCUACAUAGACUGUAUAGUGGUAAGUGUUUAAGUAAAGUUUGUCACUACCCCAAGGCAAAUCACAAAGUGAUAAGAAUUUUAAUAUAGUACUUAUACAAUAUUUCUUGAAAGUGGUCUAAAACCUGGAACAUUGAGAUGGUGGCAGAAAUGAAACUGUUGAUGGGAAAGUAUUUUUUCUUCUCUUAAGAAUUUACAUAAUCUUUAUAUGAACAACAUAUACAUUUUAAUCUGUGUCUUGUAACUUUAAUUUGUGCUGUAUAUUAUAGAAAGAAAAAAAGUUUUACAAACGUGUAAGAACAUCUGAAUAAAUUUGCAUCCAGCUUUCCAGAAGAAUUGGAGAUAAUGUUCAUGUUUUUAGAAAAUCACAGUAGGGGAUUCAAGUUUGAGACUCAAGGAAGAUGACAUGAACAAUUGUUUUAAAUGAGGAUUCAUUUUGAUUGUUUUUGUUGUGUUUUCAGUCAAACACUGAGAACAUGGCUUUUGUAUUAAAAUUGUCCUUGUGUUUAUUUUU